CUCUCUCUCUCUCUCUCUCUCUCUCUCUCGUCACUUUCACUUUCAUUUGUGGUGUGACGCAGAUCGUUUCAACACCAAAAGACGCACACAAAGGAAAACUGACAGCAAACCAUCAGUGACGUUAAAACACCUGACUGAGCUGAUCUGGAUGUGAAUUCAGCAGAGAAGCAGCUUCCAAGGUGUUCGCUCCACUAUGAAUGAGCCUGAGGAGAGAGAGGAGGGGCUCCCUGCCUCUAAAAGCUCUCGGUCUGGACAACAUGACAGCCGGAUCAAAGCUAAGAGAGCCGGGCAGAACAGACCGGACUCCCCUGUUUCCGGCUGUGUGUCCAUGAAGAGUGACCACUCAAUGGAUGCUAUCCUUCAUUUUAAAGGCGACAUAGCCGGGCAGAACAGACCGGACCCCCCUGUUUCCGGCUGUGUGUCCAUGAAGAGUGACCACUCAAUGGAUGCUAUCCUUCAUUUUAAAGGCGACAUAGUUUGUCAAGAGAGCUCAGAGGUUCCCCUUGGACAGUCUGCCGAGGAGUACCAAACAGAGCUGACCUCUAUAUUUAUGAAACUUGAGCAAGAUAUUACCAUUUUUGUGAAGACUGAGCUGGAAAGGUCAUUGAAGAUUCUUCGGGGUUACCCAAAACACCAAGAGAAACAGACUGAAGAGGAGGACGUGGUGAACAGUGAAGAGGAAGAACAGAAAAUGAGAUGCAGAGAGGCUUUACUGCAAAUCACAUUGCAGUUCCUGAGGAACAUGAAGCAGGGAAAGCUGGCUGACCGUCUGCAGAGCAUGUGCCAACAUAAACUCAAAUCUCAUCUAAAGGAGAGUUUUGAGUGUGUGUUUGAGGGGAUUGCUAAAGCAGGAAAACCAACACCACUGAAUCAGAUCUACACAGAGCUGUACAUCACAGAGGGAGAGAGUGGAGAGCUCAAUGAGGAACAUGAGGUCAGAUGGAUUGAAACAGCAUCCAGGAGACCGGUGAGACCAGAAACACCAAUCAAAUGUGAAGAUAUCUUUAAACCCUUACCUGGAAGAGAUCGACCAAUCAGAACAGUGAUGACAAAGGGAGUGGCUGGCAUUGGGAAAACAGUCUUAACACAGAAGUUCACUCUGGACUGGGCUGAACACAAAGCCAACCAGCAUGUCCACUUCACAUUUCCAUUCACUUUCAGAGAGCUGAAUCUGCUGAGAGGGAAAAGGUUUACCUUGGUGGAACUUCUUCAUCUCUUCUUCCCUGAGACCAAAGAAGCAGGAAUCAGCAGGUUUGAGCAGUUCCAGGUUGUGUUGAUCUUUGACGGUCUGGAUGAGUGUCGACUUCCUCUGGACUUCAACAACAACCAGAUCCUGACUGAUGUUACAGAGUCCACCUCGGUGGACGUUCUUCUGACAAACCUCAUCAAGGGGAAACUGCUUCCCUCUGCUCACCUCUGGAUAACCUCACGACCUGCAGCAGCCAAUCAGAUCCCUCCUGAGUGUGUUGGCAUGGUGACAGAGGUGAGAGGCUUCACUGACCCACAGAAGGAGGAAUACUUCAGGAGGAGAUUCAGAGAUGAGGAGCAGGCCAGCAGAAUCAUCUCCCACAUCAAGACGUCACAAAGCCUCCACAUCAUGUGCCACAUCCCAGUCUUCUGCUGGAUCACUGCUACAGUUCUGGAGGACGUGUUGAAAACCAGUGAGGGAGGAGACCUGCCCAAGACCCUGACUGAGAUGUACAUCCACCUCCUGGUGGUUCAGUCCAAAGUGCAGAACGUCAAGUAUCAUGGGAGAGCUGAGACAGAUCCAGUCUGGACUCCAGAGACCAGGGAGAUGAUCCUGUCUCUGGGAAAACUGGCUUUUGAGCAGCUGGAGAAAGGCAACCUGAUCUUCUAUGAAGCAGACCUGGCAGAGUGUGGCAUUGAUAUCAGAGCAGCCUCAGUGUACUCAGGAGUGUUCACACAGAUCUUUAAAGAGGAACGUGGACUGUACCAGGACAAGGUUUUCUGCUUCGUCCAUCUGAGCCUUCAGGAGUUUCUGGCUGCUGUUUAUGUCUUUCUGACCUUCAUCAACUCUGGUAUCAAUCUUUUACUAGAAGAACGGAUAACGUCCUCACCAUCCAUGGUAACAAGAGAUGAAUCUAAUAUUCAGCACCUUUACCAGAGUGCUGUCGACAUGGCGUUACAGAGUCCUAAUGGACAUCUGGAUUUGUUCCUGCGCUUCCUCCUGGGUCUUUCACUGGAAACCAGUCAGACUCUUCUGCAAGGCCUGCUGACACAGACAGGAAGUGGCUCACAGACCAGUCAAGAAACAGUACACUACGUCAAAGACAAGAUCAGGGAGAAUCCCUCUCCAGAGAGAAGCAUCAACCUGUUCCACUGUCUGAAUGAGCUGAAUGACCAUUCUCUAGUGGAGGAGAUCCAACAGUUCCUGAGAUCAGGAAGUCUCUCCAGAGCCAAAUUCUCUCCUGCUCAGUGGUCAGCUCUGGUCUUCAUCUUACUGACAUCAGAGAAGGAUCUGGACGUGUUUGAUCUGAAGAAAUACUCUGCUUCAGAGGAGGCUCUUCUGAGGCUGCUGCCAGUGGUCAAAGCCUCCAGGAAAUCUGUGCUGAGUGGCUGUAAGCUGUCAGAGAGAAGCUGUGAAGCUCUAGCGUCAGUUCUCAGCUCCCAGUCCUCCAGUCUGAGAGAGCUGGACCUGAGCAACAAUGACAUGCAGGACUCAGGAGUGGAGCUGCUCUCUGAUGGACUGGAGAGUCCACACUGCAGACUGGAGGCUCUCAGGCUGUCAGGCUGUCUGGUCACAGAGGAGGGCUGUGCUGCUCUGGCCUCAGCUCUGAGCUCCAACCCCUCCCAUCUGAGAGAGCUGGACCUGAGCUACAAUCAUCCAGGAGCCUCAGGAGUGAAGCUGCUCUCUGCUGGACGGGAGAGUCCAGCCUGGAGACUGGACAAGCUCAGUGUGGACUACGAUGGAGUGCAGAUGCUGAAACCAGGCCUGAGGAAGUAUGCCUGUGAACCCAGACUGGACCCAAACACAGCACACAGCAAGCUCCGCCUGUCUGAGGACAACAGCAAGGUGACAGCAGUGGGAGAGAAGCUGCAAUAUCCUGACCACCCAGAGAGGUUUACCUACUGGGAGCAGGUCCUGUGCAGAGAUGGUCUGACCGGCCGCUGCUACUGGGAGGUCGAGAGGAAAGGAAUGGUUCAUAUAGGGGUGGCAUACAGAGGAAUCAGCAGGAGAGGGACGGGUGAUGACUGCUGGCUCGGAUAUAAUGACAAGUCGUGGAGUCUCGACUGCUGUGGCGAUUGUUACUCUGCCUGGCACAACAACAGAGAUACAGUCAUCCACGUCUCCUCCUCUGACGCCGACAGAGUAGGAGUGUAUCUGGACUGGCCCGCCGGCUCUCUGUCCUUCUACAGAGUCUCCUCUGACACACUGAUCCACCUCCACACUUUCAGCUCCACAUUCACUGAGCCUCUGUACCCUGCCUUCGGCUUUGGGUUCGUCUGUGGCUCCUCGGUGUCUCUGUGUCCGAUACAGGAGUGAGAGUCGCCUCAAUUCUGGUGCAAUGAAGAGCUUGUGCCAUGGCGAUGCUGUGAUCACUACACAGACAUGCUGGGAUCUGCUAUAUGCAGUCCAUUGAGAUGCAUCCAACCUUACAUCUACACACACCUUACCUAAUGUGUGCAGACCACGAGUGCAUUUGCAAUAUAUGUUUUACAAACACUCUAAACAUACCAAGAUUAUUAUAAUUCACUAAAACCAAACUAAAGCAAAAGCGUUUUAGUUAACUGAAAUAAAAAUACAAACUAGACUUUAGAAAAAAAUGAAAAUUUACUAAAAUGAUGCUAACAAAACUAACAUGUGUUAAGCGUUGCUGUUGGUCAGUUUGGUGAAAUGUGUGAGCACAACUAACUCUGAAACAAAUAAAAACUCAACUAAAACUAAACAACUUUAAGGAAUUAAAAACUAAACUGAAACCAGCAAAGCCCACUCUAGAAGCAUACUGACAGUAAAUUGAAUUAAAAAAUAAAAAUUCAAUUAAAAAAAAAAAUAAUAAAAUAAAUAUAACUAAUGACUAAUACAAAACUGUGAAAUCUCUGAGCCAUAGCAGGCAAGCCAAACAGUCCGCCCCAUCUUGGCUUCAAGGUUGUGUGUGUGUGUGUGUGUGUGUGUGUGUGUGUGUGUUUUAUGACUGACAGUUUAAGGUGUCUCUCUUUUAGAGUUGUUACUAUACUAUGCAUCAAAUAGAUCAUUAUUAUUACUGUUACUAUUGUUUUUGUAUUAUUGUUGUUUGCCUAUACCCUUUUUUAAUGUUUUUCUACCUUCCUUUAUUGUUUACUCUGUAAAGCACUUUGAGCUGCACAUCCUAUUUGAAAGCCGAUUUAUACAUUUAUUACCUUCAGAGUUGUGCAUUUCAGAUUCAGAUUCAGAUUCAGAAAGCUUUAUUGUCUGUCGUAACAGAAACAUUUCUUCGACGUUGCUCAGCAUAUAAAAACAGCAGGGUUAGGGUUACAAUACACUGACUGCAGAUUUCAAAAACCAUUUAUAAUCAUUCAGUACAUUCAGUAUCAUUUUUUUAACAUUAAAUUUGCGUGUAUAGGCCUACAUUUAAUUAUAUUGCAUUUAAAAUUGAUCACAUUAAUCAAUCCAGAUAAAUCCAAAAAAAAAGUAGCCUGUGUUCACUAUGUAGAGGGCUCCAAAUACCCACCUACAACCUGCAAUUUGCAGAAAAAGUUUCGAGAUUGCAGAAAAAAAUAAAAACAAAUUGCAAUUUUGCAGGCAAAUAAAUCCAGGUAAUUUUGUCCUUUUUCACCCAAUCUGGCUUUUAAUAGGUCCAAUAAAGAUGGUUAUAAACAGUUUUCAGUUUUCAGUGUGAUUCCUUCUUAAUAAAAUCUGCGAAUACCCGCAGCUAGCUAAAUCUAAU